GAGAGGGUAGUUGAGGCUCGUCUUCCGUGGGUUUGUGCUUGGGCCUGGCGGUGAAGAACGGCAGGCAAGGGAAGGGAAGGGAGCGAAGGCGAGGGGAGGGAGAGAGAAAGACAGAGAGAGCUUUGGAAAGGAAGGGCGACGAGAGAGAGAUCGUCAGUGCGAACGGGGAAUUUGCGGGAGGUGCGGUGCAAUCGCGUGCGAGAGGGGGCGACGGUGAGGCUGAGGCUGAAGGUGAAGGAGCGCCAUGGCGGAGGCUGGGCGAGUGCUGAUUACUUUCGACGUGGAUGGAACCUUGAUGCAGAGUUUGGGCGAGAAUGCCAACCUUUUGCACAAGAGGGCGUUCUCGUACGCCUUCGAGGAGGUGUUUGGCAUUGUGGGAACCAUCGACGCCAUCAAGCAUCAUGGAUCCACGGAUCCCCUUGUUCUUAUCAACACGUUGGAGUACUAUGGCAUUUCUACGGAUACAGCCACUGUCAGACUCCCUGAGUUGAAGGAGAAGAUGCUCGAGUACGCAAGAACGAAUGCCGACCAAGUUGGAGAGGGUUUGGAGUUGCUGCCAGGAGUGAAAGAGCUUCUGCAGGCUUUGGCCGAGCGCAAGAAUGAUGUUGUUGUGGGAUUGGUAACAGGCAACUUGGAAGAAAUAGCUUGGCUGAAGAUGGAAGGUCUCGGCAUCAAGUCAUAUUUUUCAGUUCCAAAUUUCGGCGGAUUUGGUAGUGACCACAGCGAUCGUGGAGAGCUGGUCAAACUUGCCUGUUCAAGAGCUGAAGCUUUUUAUCCCGGAGAAUUUUCCUUGAGAGUGCACGUUGGAGAUACACCAAGUGAUAUACGCGCAGCAGAAUAUGGUGGGACUUUGGCUCUCGGAGUGUGCACCGGCGUGUUUUCCAGGGAUGAUCUCCUUGCUGCAAGUGACGGCACUGCAAUUAUCCUGGAAGACCUCAAAGACUCAGGAAUUUUUUUCAAGGCCUGCAACAUAACCUGAGAAGGAAAAUGUUCUCAUAUUGUGGUUCAAUUUUGCAUAAUCCUAUGAAAGCCCAGUAACCUGAAAAUUGGGCACGAGGGGCACGCAUAUCACAUUGUGUAAAGUUCUUACGAAAUGGCUGGUGUCAACAAUGGUAUGGCGUGCAAUUUUGGUUCGUGACACAUACAUCAAACCAAGGAACGACAUCGAGCGGAUUGUAGAACGCUUCCCAUACAAGCUGAUUAGAGUACCAAUCUUUCAGGCAUCCGCCCUCAACAGAGACAUUUAUAAUUUCAAUGUACAUCUCUGAUGAUAGACUUUUCUCCAAGCUUUGCAUAAUAAAAAGGUAUCAUCCC